AUGUGUGUUCAAGAGGAUGAGAGACUAUUGAUGGAGGAAUGCAUCCCGCCAAUGCUAAUGAUAAAGGGAUGUUAUAUGAGGUACCUUCAAGGUACGAAGGAUUUCAUGCUCAUGUAUAGACAAACUAAUGUCUUGGAAGUGAUUGGCUACUCCGAUUUGGACUACACUGGCUGCAUUGACACUCGGAAAUCCACAUCGGGUUAUGUGUUCAUGUUGGCUGGUGGAACUAUCUCUUGGAGAAGUGCAAAGCAGUCUAUCACUGCUACUUCCACUAUGGAGGCUGAGUUUGUUUCAUGUUUCGAGACUAGCUCGCAUGGUGUAUGGUUGAAGAGUUUCAUAUCCGAGCUCAGAGUCGUUGACUCUAUUUCUAGACCGAUUAAGUUGUAUUGUGACAACUCUGUUGCGGCGUUUAUGGCUAAAAACAAUAAGAGUGGGAGUCGAAGUAAACACAUCGACAUCAAGUAUUUAGCCUUAAGAUAA